AAAAGCAGAACAGCCUUGUGUUUUCCUGUUACAAGUGUGAGCACAACUUUAACCGCUGCGCCGACCGCUGAACAUCUCUCGCACAUAAUGGAUUUUGAUCUGGGCCUGGAUAACCUAUCUUCAUAUGACGAUAAUUACACUUUGCCCGUAUUUCCUACUGACAUUGUGCCACCAAAGAUUCAACCAAUCCAGAUAGUGGCUCUGAUCCUCUAUGGCCUUGUGGUCCUGCUGGGUGUCCCUGGGAACGCUGUGGUGGUGUGGGUGACGGGGUACUGCAUGCCCCGCUCUGUCACGUCACUGUGGUUCCUCAACCUCGCCCUGGCUGACCUUCUGUGCUGCCUCUCCCUCCCUCUGCUCAUGGUCCCGUUAGCACACGACGAUCACUGGCACUUUGGUGCACUGGCCUGCACGCUGGUGAAGGGCCUGUUUUACCUGGUGAUGUACUGCAGCAUCCUGCAGCUGGUUUUGAUCAGCGUGGAUCGCUGGUUGAUGGUCAGCAAGCCCGUUUGGUGCCAGAACAACAGACGACCAAGGCAGGCCAUCUGUGGCUGUGUUACCGUCUGGUGCCUGUCCCUGAUUGUCAGCAUCCCCCAGUUUGUCUACACCAGGCAGAUCAAAGCAGGUGAAGAGAAGCGAGAGUGUCUGACAGUGAACAAUGCAACCAGUGCCUGGGUCGUCACAUCCGUUCAGUUCCUUUUGGGAUUCGUCCUCCCAUUCAUGGUGAUUGUUAUCUGUCACUUGGUGGUGUACAAGAGAACACAGAGGGGCCUGACACGAGGUCGGACCCGCUCCAAGCGGACACGGAGGAUCAUCAUUGCUGUGGUGCUGAGCUUCUUCUUGUGCUGGCUCCCUCUGCACAUUGUGGACUUCCUUACGUUGGUGACCCCUCGGGUUUCUCCUCACAGGCCCAAGCUUUACCUGGCACAGGUUUUAGCAAUCUGCCUCGCAUAUUUCAACAGUUGCCUCAACCCUCUGCUGUACGUGUGUCUGGGCCGAGGCUUCAAAGACAGCAUGAACCGCUCCCUUCGCAACAUACUGCACUUCAUCAGCGAGGACACACAGGCAGGCAGGAACAGCAUUGCUACAACUGAUACCAAAAGCUCGAGCUCGGGAAAGGAAAUUACUCGAAUCUGAUGGUGUAUUAACUUUGUUAUAGUCUCACAGUAGUCCUGCAGUUUAAAGUUCAGAUUCUCAGAACUAAAGCUUUAGAGUUUGGAGUUCGGUCUUUACGGACACAUCAUAUGCUGUUAUGAAGCGCUUUGUGGUGAGAAUUUUGCUUAGUGACACAAAAAUGAGGAAGCUAAUUUGCAAACUGUGUUUUUUUUUGUUCCUCAAUGACAGUUCUGAUCUGCAGCUCUGACCACUAGAGGGAGCCACAUGCAAACAGUGCUGGGCCUCUUAACUGGCAGUCAUUGUUUCAGUGUUAAAGUCUCACUGAGCCCAAUAACAAUAGAUACAGGUCACAGAAGAGAUUAAACAGAUUUAAACUGAGAUUAUAUGAGCUCUAGUCAGUUUAUACAAUGAAUGCAUGUUUUUAAACAAUCCUGCUGUAAAUGUAUGAUUAUUUUUUUACCUGUUUAAAGAAUAAUAAUA